CGAUUGGUGGUGAUAUCAUAGCACUAUACAUUUGCGUCUCCUUGCUGGUACACCACCUAGCGACAGUGCCCUGCACCAGUACAGAAAUAAACACUAAAAACGGAACAGUGUGCCAAAACAAAAUCAUGCAAAAACAAAGUACGGUGGGUGGUGGUGGGUCCUGUGCUGUGUCUUGUUGCCGGUCUUUGAACACAUCAUCUCAGCGCUGGUGGUAGAAACAUACGUGUUAGUGUCCUCGCUUCAUUCGAUUUCGUUACAGAGGUAUUGGUGGAAAGCGUCGUCGGAAAAUUCAUUUGUCAGUAGAAAAAUCGAUAGCAGGUUCGAGCAAAAUUUCACGUAAGUCUGGUUGAGUAUCACCACGAAUAAUUCGGGAAUUGAAGCCUUCAUACAACGGAAAACUAGAUCGAGGUUACUGUAAAAACUGCUGGCAUCUUAGCGGCACCGGGUUUCUUCAAUUGCAAUUUGAUAUAUCAAAGAACUGAAAGAAAUUCAAUAAAGUGAAUAAGUGAACUACGAACGUUGCUCCCGUAUGGAAAAGAGUCUUUUGCUGCUGGGCCUUUACAUUUUGAUUGAUGCAGAACACUAAAAGCUAUCAUUUAUUGUUAAUUGAUCAUAUUAUAACACCUGAAAAGUUGGAUUGUAUCUGUCAACGUUAGUUCAAUACUGUUCGGUUGAAAGAAAAGUGCGUAUGUAGACACGGUGCAUGAGUCAUCGCAGUGCAAUAAAAGUGUUCAGUGUUUCUCGCUGCUGCUGUUGUUCCGGUGAUCUCGUCAAGAAAUUUCAUCAACACGACUACCACUUACUCGGUUGUGGAGCAGAAAAGUAAAUAAGUGUCGCUAUCCAGUAGCACCAGAACUAGUUUGUGGUGGAGGACGAAUUUUACCUGCUUUUGUGUGAUACUAAAAAGUCAAAAUUUUCACCACGAAUCGAAACCCGAAGAUGCGUGCGCUAGGGAUAGCGCAGCCCAACAACCAUCACCAGACGGCCGGCAGUUCGAACAGUUCGCCCGGCAGUGGUAAACUGAUCGACGGCAGUACCAUCGCUUUGCCGAAAACGAUCCUCGGCGGCUCCGGUACCGGUCAGUCGAAUUAUGACGGUGGCAGCCUGGCAACCGGAAGCCUAGGAGGUAAUGGCACCGGCUGUAGCAGCGAUACCAGUGCCCAAGACACUAUUUAUCUGUGCAAUUUCCGCGUAUCCGUUGACGGUGAAUGGCUCUGUCUGAAGGAGCUCAACGAUCUCGACAUUAAGGAUGGCCAUCCAACCGUGUCCAGUAGGGGCGGCGGACAGCAUCGCGGUGGCAAUGGCGGCUUCGGUGACGGUGAUGGUUCGCUCAAUACUUUCGGUGUACUUGAGAAUGCGAAGUGCGAGGAGAAGAAUAUCGAGCGCGAUUGGGUUAACUACUACUCCCGCGACCCGGCUUCGAUCGAACGCAGUAACUUGGUGAACAUUUGCAAACUGGUGGUGAAGGAACUGCUGGAACAAUCGAUUCGCUUCGGACGGAUGUUGGACUCCGAUCAUCUACCGUUACAGCACUUCUUCAUCGUACUGGAGCACGUGCUGCGGCAUGGAUUGCGACCCAAGAAAGGACUACUGGGACCCAAGAAGGAACUAUGGGACAUACUGCAGAGUGUCGAAAGGUACUGCGUGGAAGCACAAGAUAUAACGUCCAGUGUGCGGGAUCUUCCGACUGUGAAGACCCACAUGGGGCGGGCUAGGGCCUGGUUGCGAUUAGCUCUGAUGCAGAAAAAACUGGCUGAUUAUAUGCAAGUUUUGAUCGAACGUAGAGAAGAUACGUUGUCGGAAUAUUAUGAGCCCCAUGCGCUGAUGAUGAGUGACGAGGUUAUCAUUAUCAUCGGCAUUCUGGUAGGACUCAAUGUAAUCGACUGUAAUCUGUGUGUCAAAGAGGAAGAUUUGGACUCACAGCAAGGUGUGAUAGAUUUUUCUCUGUACCUCAGAUCUAGUUCUCGAAACAGUCCGGACGAGGAAAAUAACGGUACGGUACAUGCUAUCGAAGGUGAUUCGAGUGGAACGAUGACCGCAGUACUGGAUCAAAAGAACUACAUUGAGGAACUGAAUCGACAUCUGAAUGCAACGGUUGCAAAUCUACAAGCCAAGGUCGAAUCCAUCACAACAACGAACGCACUGAUGAAAGAAGACCUGGCCAUAGCGAGGAAUAGUUUAUUGGCUCUGCAAGCGGAAAAUGCUGCAUUGAGACGUGCUUCACAGCAUGGUCAACCGUUGGAAGAUAAAAAUAACGUUCUGGAUAAGUUUGAUCCAGAAAUGGCCGAAGCGCUUGCCGAAGAACGAAAGAAACGUCAGGAAAUUGAAAAGGAAUUACAGUUACAAAUAUCACUAAAGGCUGAAACGGAAAUGGCAAUGAAGCUUCUGGAAAAAGACAUACACGAAAAGCAAGACACAAUCGUCUCUCUGAGACGUCAGCUGGAAGAUAUAAAAUCCAUCAAUUUGGACAUGUACCGGAAGCUUCAGGAAUGCGAAGCAUCAUUGAAGCACAAAACUGAGCUAAUUUCGCGUAUGGAAACACAGCGAGAGUCGAUGGCCACCGCUAUUGCUCAGAUGGAGAAAAAGUUCAACUCUGAAACGGCCAGUCUGAAUGCCUUGCAGGAGACCUCGCAGACACUGUCCCUCCAGGUGGUGUCCUGUGAACAACGAGCGACACGUGCCGAAGCUGAUCUUCGUAUCGAGCGCGAAUGGAGAACCGCAAUGCAGGAAAACGAAAUUAAACAUAAGGAACAAAUCAGUGUUCUACAAAGCGAAGCUCGGCAGAUGACUGAUGAAUUGAAGAAACAUAAUCAUACCAGUUCGGAUCUCACGAAACUACGCAAACAAUGGGAGGAAGAUCAACGAACGUUGGAGGAACUUGGGAUGCAACUAAGUGUUAGCAAAUUGCAGAUAUCCGAGCUGAAAGAAAAGAUUAAUUACCAGAAUGCCGACGGGAAAUCCAAUACCGAAACAAACAACGGUGGUUCGUGGACUCCGGACAAAGCUGUCACGAAUUGCCGAGGUUGUGAUAAGGAGUUCAGUAUCACCCGCAGAAAACAUCACUGUCGCCGUUGUGGGAGCAUUUUUUGUUCGAACUGUUCCGAACAUGUGGCUGUAAUACCGGGCGAGUCGAACGGACAUCCGGUACGGGUUUGUGACUCAUGCUGGCAGAAGUUGGCUAGUAGUUCCGCACCUAUUGCUAAUAUGUAGAGGAGAAAAUCGGCGGAAUCACACGGAAAGUGCAAAACUCGUCCACUCGUCCAAAUUAUGCGUUUUAGUCGUUAAAGGCCUCAGUAGUUUGUGAUGCCUAUGUUGUAGUUGCAAAAUACUCCGAAGUGCAAAGCUGUUAAAAUGCCUUACAGAUAAAAAUAUUCAUAUUUUCAAAUGAAACACGAUGCGAAAUUGUAGCGGUAAACAUUUUAAAUCACGAAGAGAUAAUUAUUUUAUAUGUAUAAUAUACGUAGAAAUUUAAGAAUAUUGGAACGAAACAAAUAUUUAUUUUAAA